GGGCUGGGGGAGGGGAAAAAAAAAACACAAUUCUUUCCCCUCCCUUUCCUGGGAGGGGGGACUCCUUAAAAAAAAUCACGUGAAAUGGGGACAAAUACUUGAUUGAAAAUAAGUACUUUGGAUUUUAUAUUUUCCUCGGGGAUUUUUUUCCGAGUCAAUGAAGAAGGGAAGCGGCGGAAGGAUCACGAGUCUCACGCUUGAAGAGAAGGGGGGAUGGGAAGGAGGGAGGGAGAGGGAGGGGGCGGCUCGGAGAUGCGACGGGAAACGCUGCGGCUCCGGCAGCGGCGGGAUCCGGCGGGGGCCCGGCGUCCUGGAGGGCGGCGGCGUCGCGAGUCAGUCAGAGGCGGGCGGCGGCGGCGGCUCCUCUCCUCAUUGCGCCAGGAGCAGCUGCAGGCGGCGGCUGGAUCCAGCGGCCAUGGCGGCGGCGGUGGCGGAGGCAGCUCCCUUCAGACCCCAGGCAGCGGCUCCUCGACUGCUCCCCAUACGCCGGGGACAUGGGAACCCGGCAACCGCUUCCGUCUCCCUCGGGGCCCCCUCCCCCGUCCAAAGCACCAGCGCGGCCGCCCUCACGCCCCGCGCCUCAGCUCCGUGUCCGCUGAGGAAGUGUCCGUGCUGUGCCCCCAGUCCGGAGCCCUGUCAGCGGCUGCGGGGCCGGCUCCUCCUCGCUUCCUUCCUUCCUUUGUCACUCGGCCCGGGCGGCGGCGGCGGCAGCGGCAGCGGCAGCACAAACCCGCAUUCGCCCGGGUCGGGGGCUGCUCUGUGUGAGGAGCUCCGUCUGCGCAGCCGCCUAGCGCCUUCCCCCUCCCCCUCCCUCUCCCCGCCUCCUACUCGUCCUCCGCCUCCUUCCUCCCCCACCCAGCCUUAUACCGCCCCGCGCCCCGCCGCCCGCGUAACAGGCGUCUGGGAAUCGCCGGCCGAGCCCAACGCCCGCCCUCUUCGGCGGCGGAGCCGAACCCCCAGCGAAGCCAAUCACGGGCGUCGUUUCUUUGCGGCUCCUCCCGGAAAAAGCCGAUCGGCCUGAAGAGCCAAUUAGAAAGGGCCCCCGGGAAGCCUCGCCUAGAGAGCGGAAAAUGCCGAAGGCAUCCGAACGGAAAGAAGGUGGAUUCGGCUUGUUCUGUGGCUGGCUGGAGGACAAAUUCGACGAGGGCAACAGGGGCCAAUCACAGUCGUCGCCCUCGCGAAUAAGCAUUAAAGAGUUAAGGACGGUGAAACCCAGAGUCGCUGGUGAAGCUGCAGGGCUGCGAGUUGGGGCUGCUUCGUAAUUGGCUGGAAAACUCCGCUGGGAGUGAACCUCCCUCGAUGAUUGGCGAAGGGCAGGGGGCUUCCGAGGACAUGUGGCCAGUCAGAAGACCUCCCCCCUCGCCAAGGUGGGGCGAGGAAAGCGGAGGGAGGAUGUCUAUAAGGUGCCGUCUCAUUGGCCGGAAGCUUUGGAGCCGGGAGGGGUGGCGAAAGAGAAAGGGAGGGAGGCCGAAACCCUUAGCGGUGGCCAAUGGGCCCUGACUGCCAUCCAAUCGCAAGACCUAGCUGCAGCGUGAUUGGCGUUUGGCCUUCGGCGGCGGUCCCAGGAGCUGAGAGAAGCUUGACUGGGCUGGGGCGGACUUGUGUGUCGGGCUCGCUUGUGGCUGCUCCCGACCGGUGUGGAAACCGCAGUUAAGGAAGCACGAGCCCUCCCCUCAGCCGUCCGAAACUGCUGCGGUCGGCGGGGCCGGUUUCUGAGGCGCGCUCAAAUGAGCAGAGGGUCCAGGGGCUCCCCCCGCCCACGAGAGGCUCUCCGCGGGGCGCGGCUGGCUCUGCCCUCAGCCCGAGAUCGCGCCUGCCGAGUAUCAGCGGCGUCUUUCCUGAAAGGGCCUGACGGACGAAGGGGUCUCCCCAGCGGGGUGCGAGCCCUCAGAUGCUAAAGUACGAACAAAGCUUCCAGAGAGGCAGCGCCUAUGGGCGGCCGCGCCUCGCCCUGUCCGGGGCCAUUGACAGAGUGGGGUUCACUGUGGUUGGUGCGCGCGCCCGGGCCGGGCCUUCUGGAAACGCCCCCCGAAAGAUGAGCUCAUGCUGGAUGCGCGCGCUCCUUGGGCGCGACCGCCCGGCUCAGAACUGGCCCCGAAAGCAGAGUCAUCCCUUUCUGUUAAGAUGCUAUCUCCAGAAAGCACCUGUGAAAGAACCCAUACUUGAUCAGAUUACCUGGCUGCUGCUUUGCAGAACUAAUGAAGGGCUUGAGAGGUAAGGAAGUAACCUUUGAUGGGAGACAGGAAAGUCUAGAUAGGGCUUGCAGGAAAACAAAUGAGACUGGCCUGGUGCAAGACAGUGGGGGAUGAUAGGGAAUAUGACAAAUUGGAGCUUACAUGCUUAACUAAAGGGACUAGCUGCUGAGUGCGAGCGGGUUGUUGCCCUUGCAAAAUGUUGGUUCUGUUCAGAGACACUCGGUUUUAUUCCAAAAGAAACCUUGAAGUUGGAUUUUUGUGCAGAGUCUCUGGAUUUUUUAAGUAUUGGCUACUAGCAUUUUAAAACCCUGCAGGCCAAACUAAAAACAUCUCAGGCUAGAUGUGACCAAUAGGCAAUCAAUUUGUAAUCUCAAACCUAAGAUUGCAUUUUUAUAGCAGUAGAGACUCUUGUUCUUUGCAAUUAAAAGAGAACAUGAGGUCAUGGAUGCUAUGGGGGAGGGUAAAGAAUGUUAAAAGCAAACUCAGUGCUUGGCAACUCUGUCAUCUUAAUCGUGCCUCUCCAUGCUAUUAUGAAAGACCUUUGCCACUGUUUCCUGAAUGUCCUGUGAUGCAAAGCUUUAAAUCCUGCCUCCUUCUGUACUUCCCAUCCCUGUUCACAGUUACACCAGCAGGAAAAUAAAUAACAAAUGUUUAAUUAUACAAAUUGGAAACACGGUUGUUUGUAUAUAAAUACAAAAGUAGUCCACUUUAAGGUUAUAAUUAGUUUUGCUGUCCUGUCUUCCAAUAUUUUGAACUGAUAUUGUUUAAAAGACCUGACCAAGUGUGGGAAAUUUUAUAGGAGAAAAAAGGGUGUAUUUCAGUCUAAAAUUAGGACUUGAGGACAAAGUUUGUGUGAGAAUACAGAACUAUUGAAAACAACAUUCUGUCAUUUUCUCUGAACUUUCAAACCUACUCUACCUGUCAUAUGCUGUUAAUCACAUAAAAAGUCAAUAAUUUUAACAGUUAAUAUUUAUUGUUUACAGUGUAUCAGUGUUCCAAUGCGCUCUUCAGUUCCUUGUGCAUAACCCUCUUAAACUUUAAAAUAAUCCUGUGAAGUUAAGUACUGUUAUCACUUGCAAUUUUUGCAUGUGGAAACUGAGGCGCAGUAAAGGUUCACUAACUUACCCAAGGUUCACAAAACUAAAAUGCAGAACCAAGGUUCACAUACCUCUUUCUUGUACAUAGUCCUCACCUCUCUGCGGGUGUCGAAAGUCACAGCUUAACCUGCACCACAACACUGGCCCCUGAAGGCGGGAUUAAUAAUAAAGGAACACAUAGAUUAUAAGGUACACUUUAUUUUGUUGAAGCCAGAGUGAACCAUUCCCAACAGAAUGUGAGCCAACUCUUCCCAGGAUUUCACUUAUUUGGCCAAUAUGAAUCAAACACCUAAAUGUUAUUGGGUGCUUAAAAUGUAAUAGGAUAUUCACUCUGCUCCAGGUACUUGCAGUGAGAUACAAUGAGAUGGAAAGAAUUGUUAAGUGAUAAACCCUAGGAAAGCCCACCAAUAGCAGGACCAAUGUGAAGAUUAAUGGAAGGGUUAAGAUCCCCAUAUCAGAUACCUUGCCCUAGCUCCUGACUCCAGGUUCUUGCCCACACAGACCCAAAGACAGUGAUGAUGGCUCAAGUGACUGAAUUCCUGCCACCCAUAAGGGAAACCUGGAUUGUGUUCUGCCUCCUGGCUUUGACCCCAGGACCAGAUGUUGUAGACAUAUGGGGAGUGAACCAGUGGGAAUGGGCACUCUCUGUCUCUCUCUGUUUCCUUGUCCAUCUCUGAGUGUAUGUCUCUCUGCCUCAAAUUUUUUAAAAGGCAGGAGUCGAGUCCCAGCUAUUUCAUUCUUCCAGUAUAGCUUCCUGCUAGUGGGCCUGGGAGCCAGCAGAUAAUGGAUGAUGGCCCAAGUAUGUGGGUUCCUCCCAUCCAUGUGGGAGACUCAGAUGGAGUCCCUGGGUUCAACCUGGACUGACCCCAGCUGUUGGCAGGCAUUUGGGGAGUGAAGCAUCAGACAGAUUUUCUCUUUUUAAGAAGGGCAGCCCCAAGGAGUCUGCAGACCCUUACUGGGCAUCCUUCUGGGCCAGGUUGCCCUGGGUUGCCCCUUCAGCUCCCCCAUGAGCCCUGCCAGCCAGGUUCUCAGGCCCUGUGCCUUCCUCAGGCAUUUCUGGCUGCUGUGACCUAGCUCGCAUCUCCUGGGCAGGCUGCCCCUCCUAGCUUCUACUACAAGAGCACUCCCUCCCUGCUCCAUCCCAGGAAAUGGUACUCUCCUGGCUCCGUCCCCUGUGCCAUGUGGCACUUCUGGGCUCCUGACUAGGCCAGGGGAGGUCUUUCUCCCCUUCCUUGCACAAAGUUCCCCCUGGGCCCAGCUUGUCAAGCUCCUGCCCUGGCCCUGGGGAGGAGUCUGCCUCACUUCCUGACAUGCCAAAAUCCCCAGAGCCCUGUUCCUGCCCCCUUCUUGCAGCUGCAGUUUUACUUUGUACACUUUGGGGUCACAGUUGCAUCAUUUUAUAUUAAAUAAUCAGAAUAAAUCAAGCAAGCCUGCACAACAACAACAAAAUCUGUCUCUCCUUCUCUGUCACUUUGUCUUUCAAAUAAGAUGUAUAGAUCUUUAAAAAAAUUACCUUUACAAUGGUUAAUUUAUUUGUUGACACUGGCCCCAGCCUUAGUUCCUACAUCAAAGAAGCAGAUGUUACAUGGUCUACAAUAUAACUAUCCUGAGGGAAGUGGGCAAAUCCCACAGUGAGGUGCCCUGCUUUUUGAAAUGUUCAGCAACGUUGUUCAUUCGUUCGUUCGUUCGUUCUUUCUUUCUCUCUCUUUUUUUUUGACAGGCAGAGUUAGACUGUGAGAGAGAGACAGAGAGAAAGGUCUUCCUUCCGUUGGUUCACCCCCCAAAUGGCUGCUACGGCCGGCACGCUGCGCUGAUCCGAAGCCAGAAGCCAGGUGCUUCCUCCUGGUCUCCCAUGAGGGUGCAGGGCCCAAGCACUUGGGCCAUCUUCCACUGCCUUCCCAGGCCACAGCAGAGAGCUAGACUGGAAAAGGAGCGACCAGGACAGAAUCCGGCGCCCCAACCAGGACUAGAACCCAGGGUGCCGGCGCUGCAGGUGGAGGAUUAGCCUAGUGAGCCGCAUUUUUAAGUGGAUUUCUAGAUCAUUACUUGGUUUUAACUAAAUUGACUCCCAUAGGUGACGAAAAAUGAUUUCUGCAAAUAAGUAUAGAUUACAGAUUUUAUUAGUUGUUCAAGAACAAACAAAAUGACACUGACAUUCUCCUCUUGGUAAGAGCUCUUAAUCAGCCACAUCACUGGGUAAAAAUAAUAAUAUGCUAAUCAAAUUUGACAGGAGGAAAUCCUCAAAUUUCUGAAAUUCCUAAUAAAAAUUUUUGUAAUAGAAGUUACUACUAUUUUUUUUAGAAGAUUUUUAUUUAUUUGUUUGAAAGGCAGAGUUACAGAGGGAGAGGUCUUCUAUCCACUGCUGCACUCCACAAGUGACUACAAUAGCCAGAGCUGGGCAGAUUCAAAGCAGGAGCUUCUUCCAGGUCUCCCACACAGAUGCAGGGGCCCAAGGACUUGAGCCAUCUUCCACUUUCCCAGGCCAUAGCAGAGAGCUGGAUUGGGAGAGAAGCAGCCGGGACUCAAACCUGCACUCAUAUGGGAUGCCUGCACUGCAGGCAGUGGCUCACCCCGUUCUGCCACAGGGCCAGCUCCUACUGUCUACUAUUAUUAGAGUCAAACCUUAUCCUAAAUUGAAGUAUGAUGGAGCUGUUGUUAAGCUAGCAUGAAGUCUUCAUGAUUACCAAAAUGUUUAAAAACUCAGCAUCUGGGACAGUGUUAAUAGUGUUUUUAAAGGGGAAGGGAGUAAUUGGAGAACAAAAAGGUUUAGGGUCUUGGGUCUGGCAUUGUGGUACUUCAGGUUAACUGCCUGCCACACCAGCAUCCAUAUUAGAGCGCCAGUUAAAGCACCAGCUGCUCUACAUCCAGUGCAACUCCCUGCUAACAUGCCUGGGAAGGCAUCAGAAAAUGGCUGGAGUUCUUGAUCCCAUGCCACCCAUGUGGGAGACCUGGCCUGGGUAAAGCUACUGGCUCCUGGCUUUGGCCUGGCAUGGCCCUGACCAUCACAGCUAUUUGGGAAGUGAACCAGCAGAUGGAAGAUCUCUCUCUCUCUGUCUCUCUCUCUCUCUCUCAAAUACAUAAAAUAGGGGACAACACUGUGGUGCAGCAGGUUAAAGCCCUGUCUUGAAGCGCUGGCAUCCCAAAUGGGCGCUGGUUCUACUCCCAGCUGCUCCUCUUCCGAUCCAGUUCUCUGUUAUGGCCUGGGAAAGCAGUAGAAGAUGGCCCAAGUCCUUGGGCCCUGCACCUACAUGGAGACCGGGAAGAAGCUCCUGGCUCCUGGCUUCAGAUCGGCACAGCUCCAGCCAUUGCGGCCAUAUGGGGAGUGAACUAGUGGAGGGAGGACCUCUUUCUCUGUCUCUACCUCUCUCUGUAACUCUUUCAAACAAAUAUGUAAAGUAAAUCUUAAAAAAAAAAGAUUUAGGAUCUUAUUAUUUUUAAAAUGUUCUUUAUUAUACUUUCUUCCUUUUUAUUUUUGUAUAUAUCAUAAUAUACAUACUAUAUUAGUUCAAGAUUAAGAUAAAAAAGUUUGUAGACAACUAGCUUACAUAAAAUUAGUUGUCCAGAUGGGUAAGAAAGGGAAGAACACUCCAGGCAAAGACAAGAGGAUAUGCAAUGACAGAAAUACAUGUAACAAGAUAUUCAGAAACCUAAAGGUACUGUGAAAUUAAUGUAGCAUAUAAGAUCUGAACCAGGUGCCAGCACUGUGGCAUAGCAGAUAAAGCUACCUUCAGUACCAGUUCAAGUCCCAGCUGCUCCACUUAUGAUCCAGCUCUCUGCUAUGGCUUGGGAAAACAAUGGAAGGUGGCCCAAGUGCUUGGACCCCUGCACCCACAUGGAAGACCUGGAAGAAGCUCCUGGCUCCUGGCUUUGGAUCAGCCCAGCUCCAGCCAUUGUGGCCAUUUAGGGAAUGAACCAGCAGAUGGAAAACCUCUCUGUGUCUCUGUCUCUCUGUAACUGUUUCAAAUAAAUAAAUAAAUCUUUAAAAAAAAAAAGAUUAGAACCAAGAGAAAAUAAAGAAGCCAAUAAUGGAUAAUAGAAGAGCAGUGAACUAAGCUAUGCUAUCUUAGCUCCAUAGUAGGUAGCCAGCAAGGACUAAAGGCAACUAAAAAAUAUAUUUAGGAAACAAUACUAUUUGAAAAAUGCAGACUGCAGAUUAUACUUAUAUAUAUAUAUAUAUAUAUAUAUAUGUACCAUAUUUCCAAUUCUGCAAAAUAUAAAUACAUUUAGGUGAAGAUUGAAAAGAAAAACAAAAUAAUUUUGUUAGUAUAUUUUCAUGUUUAAUUAUACAUGGAAAUAUUCACUCCAAAUGUUUUUGUUUAGUAUUUUUGUAAUAAAUUUCUGUUUUCUUGAUUUUAAAAGGAAUUGGCUCUCAAAAUAACACAUCUCUUCACUGUAAUUCACACGUACCUCAGCAGCCUCUGAAUACAAUGGAAGUUUUAACAAAAACUCCAAAUCUCAGCAGAGCCUUCCAACCAAGUUUUUACUGAUAAUUCUUUUGUCAUGAAUUGAAUUCAGAAAACCAGGCAAUAUUUAUUAAGUACAUACAAAUGCAAGGUAUCUGGUAGGCAUCUGAUACAAAGAAAUACAUGAAUGGUCCUAUGCUCUUAGGGAGCUUUAUUAACCCUUUCGAGAACAACUACAUGAAAAGUUAAAUAAUAAAUUCUAAAAGUUAUAUUUUGAGUUCAUCAGAAAGUUGUCAAACAGUGUAAUUUGCCAACAUAAGUAUGGUUGUUACUCUUAUCCUCAAGUAACCAGAAACUUAAUCAUGGUCUCCCAUGUUGGUGGCAAGGAUCCAAGUACUUGAGCCAUCAUUUACUGCUUCCUAGAUGUGCAUUAACAAGAAGCUGGAAUCAGAAGCCAAACUGAGAUUCAAAUCUGGGCACUUCAAUAUGAAACAGGGGCAUCUCAAGCAGUAUUUUAAUAGCUACACAAAACUGUCCCAAAUACUCUUAAUUGUCAAAGACAGCUGGUACUAAGAUAAAAGCAAAGCCUUGAGGAAUCCUUUUAGUUGUUUAUGCUUAUCACAUUUUUUGCUUCUGACAGUAUAAUCAUAAGUUUUGUAAAAAGAUUUAUUUAUUUAUUUAUUUAUUUGGAAAGCAGAGUCACAGAGAGGGCAAAGAGAGUUCUUCCAUCCACUGGUUCACUCCCCAAAUGGCCACAACAACAAAGCUGGGCCGAUGCAAAGCCAGGUGCAUCUUUGGGAUUUCCCACGUGGGUACAGGGGCCCAAGUAGUUGAGCCCUCUUCAACUGCUUUCCCAGUCCAUAGCAGAGAGCUGGACAGGAAGUGGAGGAUCUGGGACUCGAACUGGGGCCCAUAGGUGAUGCCGGCGCUGCAGGUGGUGGCUUUACCCCCUACGCCACAGCACUGGCCACCAUAAGUUUAUUAUCUUAUUGAACUGAUUACAUUAUCUCACACUACUUUUAUUUUAUUUAUUUUAUUCCAUUUCUACUUGCAUUUCCUCGAGAGCUUUUUUAGAUAAAAGUGCAAAUAUUUUCAUACUGAGUUAAGUAAAUGAAUUCACAUGAACUAAAAUCAGGAUGUGUUGAUUAAAUACUUUGAUCUAAGCAUACUUUUAUGCCAAUACAGAUUUAUUGAACUAUUGAUGCUAAGUUAUAUAAAACUGCAUCAUUUUAAUUAAGGCUAUUAGUUUACAUUUGGCAAUCUCAAAGUACUUGUGAUAUUAGGUUGGUCAGUUUAAAUACUGUAUUUCCUUGUUGGAUAAACACACAGUCUUUACACUGAAAUGUUAAUGCAUACAAAGCAACAAGGCAUUGUUAAAUAAAACAGCAAUGAUUACUAGAAAUUAGGUCUUAUGACCAAUGGCGUAUGAUUAAAAUUACUUCCCACAUUCACAUCCACAGUACUUGUCCACCAUUUAACAUCUCAAUUAAAAUACUACACAUGUGAAACAAUAACUAGCAGGCAAAGGAACUAAACCUGUAUAUUUGGUAUACUUUGCAAGUACACUUAUGCAUGAGUAAGCAAGGGAUUCACAGAAUUUACAGCAGAAGAAGACAAAAAUGAUUUAUAAAAAUACUAAAUCAUUAAAAAUUAUUUGAAAAUAUGCUCUUCCUAUUGUAGACCCCUACUGUACACAAAACCAUAAACAUUGUUCCCUAUGUAAAUAAAAAAUAAACAUAAGGAGAUUUGAAAAGUCUGCAUAUUUCCAUCCAACAGAUUUUAAAGGCAAAGACUUUAAGACAUUAUACUGAAAGGACUAUCAUAUUUUAAGGACAAGAAUGCUGUCUCUAUGGGUUUUUCAAAAAUCAAAAAACUAUAUAGCUGUACCAAUUAAAGCACUUAUUUUGUGUAAUACAAUGAUAAUGACCUUGAGUUUCUUUAAAAAAAUACAAUAAGCUACAAGUAGCAAAGUAGCAAAAUUAUCUGGAGUAGUCUAUAUAUUGAAGCACUUUGGACAUUCAUUUAUUAUGUCAAGAUGUAACAAUGCUUUUAGGUUUUACAUUACUGUACUCUCCAAUACAAAGUGUUAAAGUAUCUAGUACACCAUUUUCUUUAAUCUUUUAAAUUUUUAUUUAAGUUAUACAAGUUCCAUAUAUUUCAUAUAUACAGAUUUAGGAACAUAGUGGCACUUCCUCCUCUACUCUCCCUCCAGCACAUGCAUCAAGCUUUCCUCCCCCUUCUCUCACAUCCCCACUCUUUUUGCAAAGAUCUAUUUUCAGUAUGCUUAAUGAUCAUAUAGUUAACUCUACUCUAAAUAAAAAGUUCAAAAAAUAGUAUGAAGAGAAAAAAAAACAAAA